CGUCCCCGUCCCCGCUCGGCUUUGCCCCCCGGAGCACAGCGACGCGUUGUGCGUGCCGUGCCCCAGCCCUCCUGCUCGCCUCAUCCCGAGCCCGGAGCUCCACUGCAAGGAAAUCGGGAUUUCUCCCUUUUUGAGGUCAAGACCCACCUCCAAGCCCAGACGCUGUCAGCCAUGGCCGUGGGCCACCAGCACAACCACGAGAGCAUCUCGGACGCCUUCGGGAGCAUCUACCGGCAGCACGGCGUGGCAGGGCUGUGGCGUGGGGUGUCGGGCGCGGUGCCACGCGUGGCGGUGGGCUCGGCUGCGCAGCUUGCCACCUUCGCCUCUGCCAAGGACUGGGUCUGCCAGCACCAGUGGUUCGGGGAGGGCAGCUGGGCAGCGGUGCUGGCGGGCGGCAUGGUGAGCGGCGUGGCCGUGGCGGUGACGAUGACGCCGUUUGACGUGGUCAGCACGCGGCUCUACAACCAGCCCGUGGAGGCUGACGGCACGGGCAAGCUGUACCGCGGGUUCCUGGACUGCUUUGCACAAAUCUCCAGCAAGGAGGGGCUGCUGGGGCUCUACAAGGGCAUCGGCGCCGUCUACCUGCGCCUGGGCCCCCACACUGUCCUCAGCCUUUUCUUCUGGGAUGAGCUCAGGAGGAUGGUGCGGCCGCAGCCGCCCCCGGGCCGUAGGACCCCACGGAUACAAAUAAAGGGAUGUAUUUUUUUUUGUUUUGGUGGAGCUCUGGGGCUCUUUGGGGCGCAGUGGGACCGGGAGGGGUGAUAGCAAAGCCGUGGGGAUGCUGCGGCGUUCUGAGCCUCACCACCACCUGAAUGUCCCCUCCUAUGGGGCCAGAGGUGCAGCCACAGGCAAUGAUUUACCAGCCUGUGCCCCCGCCCGCAGACCUUUGAGCUGGGCCUGGCGCUGCUCUGCGUGGCGAUGCUGUCCCUGGGGUCCUGGCUGCCCGCGUGGCCGGGGCUGGCGUGGGGCUGGGCGCUGCUGGAUGCAGUGCUGCGAGGUGAGGCCACGGGGACGUGGGAAUGUUGGGGACAUUGGGGACACGGUGACGUGGCACUGCUUCUUCCUGCAGGGCUGGUGGGGCCUGCGCCACCUCGGUGCUCUGCAGUCUGCUGAGAGUUUAUCUCUACAUCCAGUGCCUGAAGUAAGCUCCCACCCCGCUACCGCACGGGAUCUGAUUUUGGGAUCCGUGUUGGGGGAUCCACUUUUUGGGGGUCUGGUUUUGGGAUGAUCCACUUUUGAGGAUCUGCUUUGGGAUCCACGUUUGGAGAUCUGCUUUGGGAAGGCUCUGCUAUGGAGAUCUGCUCUUGGGGAUCUGCUUUUGAGUAUCCACAUUUAGAGAUCUGCUUCUGGGUUGGCUACAUUUGGCUAUCUGUAUUUCGGUUAUCCAGCUCUGGGUGAUGCACUUUUUGGGUGUCUGUUUUGGGGGAUCCACAUUUGGAGAUCCAAUUUUGUGUUAUCCGCCUUUGGGAUCCACUUUUUGGGUGGCCUCUUAUGGAGGAUCUGCUUUUGGGGAUCCCCUCUUGGGGGAUCCACUUUGGCUUUCACCUUUUGGGGACUGUGCUUUUGGGAAUCCUCUUUUGAGAUCCCCUUUGGGGGUCUACUCUUGGCCAUCCACUUUUUGGGAUCAGCUUUUAGCUAUCUUCGUUUGGAGAUCCCUAUUUUGGAUGCUCUCCUUUUUGGAUCCCCACUCUUUGGUUAUCCACUUUGGGGUUCCCCCUUUGGGUAUUCAUUUUUGAGGGAUCUGCUUUUGGGAUCCCCUUCGGGGUCUGCGUUUGGUCUCCAUCCAGCACCCCUAGAUGUUGCUGCGUGCAGGGAGGUGACCCCAUCCUGCUGUACCCCGCUGUCCCCAGCGACCCAGCGCGGCAGGACCUGCGGGUGGCCCUCGGGGCGC